CAUCCCUACCCCCGCCCCCACCACCGACUCCUGGUGAUGCGCGUGCAGGCUGGAGAUGCUGCUGCUGCUGACUGCAGCAUCCGACAUGGAGCUGGAGCGUUAGCGGAGCACGGGCAUCUUUUAAUCCACUAGGGUCACAGCAGAGCACAUCCCUCAGUGUCCCAGAGAACUGCUAGGAUGAACCUCCACUAACCAGAGAGAAGAGACAAAAAAGAGAGAGAACUUAUCGGACCUCCAGGUCUCACCCCAUCCUCCAACGAAGGAACCUCACAGAUUCCCAGUCCUCCACGACCCUCUCCUCCUCCUGAAAGAGAGAGAGAGAGAGAGAGAGAGAGAGAGAGAGAAAACUUCAGAAGCUUCUGUCACCCUCCUCACCCCCCGCCCCCCACCCCUGUCCUCAGUAUGACCUCAGGCCUGGUGGGUAAGCUGGACCCUCGGAGGGUCCAAUGGGGCGCCGCCUGGCACACCUUCACCUCCAGGGUGCUGAGGACCAAGCCGGUGGAGUCCAUGUUGGAUUCGGGCUCGUCGGCCACCGGCGCCCAUGGGACCAGGCUGGCCCGGGUCCUGUCCACGGUGGACCUGGUGUCGCUAGGCGUGGGCAGCUGUGUCGGCACGGGCAUGUACGUGGUCUCCGGGCUGGUUGCCAAGGAGAUGGCGGGGCCAGGGGUCAUAGUGUCCUUCAUUAUCGCCGCGGUGGCCUCGAUACUUUCGGGAGUGUGUUAUGCAGAGUUUGGAGUGCGUGUGCCUAAGACCACAGGCUCCGCCUACACCUACAGCUACGUGACGGUGGGCGAGUGUGUGGCCUUUUUCAUUGGCUGGAACCUGAUCCUGGAGUAUCUGAUUGGUACGGCCGCGGGGGCGUCGGCCCUCAGCAGCAUGGCUGACUCGCUGGCCAAUCACAGCAUCAGCAACUUCAUGACGACGCACAUUGGGACACUCAAUGGCCUAGGUAAGGGAGAGCAGUCUUAUCCAGAUCUGCUGGCUUUGGUGAUAGCCAUCCUGGUGACUGUGAUUGUGGCUCUGGGGGUGAAGAACUCUGUUGGCUUCAACAACAUUCUCAACGUCAUCAACCUCAUGGUCUGGGUGUUCAUCAUGAUCGCCGGAAUGUUCUUUGUCGACGGAGCCAACUGGGACGAUGGACGCUUCCUCCCUUUUGGGUGGUCAGGGGUGAUGCAGGGAGCGGCCACCUGCUUCUACGCCUUCAUCGGCUUCGACAUCAUCGCCACGACGGGGGAGGAGGCCAAGAGCCCCAACACCUCCAUCCCCUACGCCAUCACUGCCUCGCUCGUCACCUGCCUCACCGCCUACGUCUCUGUGUCGGUGGUCCUGACUCUGAUGGUGCCCUACAGUGAGAUCGACGCCGACGCUCCUCUGAUGGAGGUGUUUGCCAUGCACGGCUGCCUGUUUGCCAAGUACAUCGUGGCCGUGGGCUCCAUCGCCGGGCUGACUGUGUCCCUGCUGGGCUCGCUGUUCCCCAUGCCCAGGGUCAUCUACGCCAUGGCCGGGGACGGCCUGCUCUUCAAGUUCCUGGCCAACGUGUCUCCCUAUACAGAGACACCAGCAGUGGCGUGUGUGGUGUCGGGGUGUCUGGCUGCCCUGCUGUCUCUGCUGGUCAGCCUGAGAGACCUGAUAGAGAUGAUGUCCAUCGGCACCCUGCUGGCCUACACUCUGGUUAGUCUGUGUGUGCUGCUGCUACGCUACCAGCCCGAGAGUGACAUCCAUGGCUUCGUCAACUUCCUGUCCGAGGAACAGAACAACAGGAAGAAGGAAGGUGUGCUGGCCGAGUGUGAGAAGGACGCCUGCUCACCAAUCAGCGAGGCCGAUGAGUACGGAGGCGUGGCCACCAACACCUGUGGAGCCAAAAACCUCCCGUCGCUAGGCGACAAUGAGAUGCUGAUCGGCAAACCCGAUAAGACCACGUACACGGCCAGCCACCCAAAUUAUGGCACGGUCGAUAUGAUGACGGGCAUCGAAUCCGAGGAGUCGGAAACCGGGUUCUCGCGGCGGUUGAAGAAGCUCAUUGGUCCACAUUACUACACUCUGAGGAUCCGAUUGGGUCUCCCGGCAAAGAUGGACCGGCCCACCGUGGUCACAGGGAAGACGGUGACUGUGUGCGUGCUUCUGCUCUUCAUCAUCUUCUUCGUCUUCUGCUCCUUCAUCAUCUUCGGGGCAGGCUACAUAGGUGAGGGGCGCUGGUGGGCGGUUCUCUUGCUAGUUUUCCUCAUCAUCUUCAUCACCCUGCUGGUCGUCAUCAUCCUCCAGCAGCCGGAGAACCCGAAGCGUCUACCGUACAUGGCCCCCUGCGUUCCUUUUGUCCCCGCCUCCGCCAUGCUCGUCAACAUCUACCUCAUGCUCAAGCUGUCCGCCAUCACCUGGAUUCGUUUCGCCAUCUGGUGCCUUGUGGGUGUGCUUAUCUACUUUGGCUAUGGCAUGUGGAACAGUACUCUGGAGAUCUCAGCCAGGCAACAGGAGGUCCACGCCUCCACCUACCAGCGAUACGACCAGGGCGUGGACGAGGGAUUCACCGGCUUCGACGACGACUUCUACCCCCCUAGCAACGACGCCUGGGGGGCCCCCGAGGGGGGAUCUGGGCUGACUCCACCCCCGACCAACAAGGCCGGAGAGGAUGGGACGGCACAGAAGGGCGGGGCUAAGAGCAUAGCCAAUGAUGCCAUGGCGGAGGAGGAUCCGAUGGAUUUCUGAAGAGACUGACUUGAUGUUGCCCAUAAUGUACUGCCUGUUUGCUGCCUGGGGAUGGUGUAUGUGUGUGUGUGUGUGUGUGUGUGUGUGAUUUCACCCUUGGACUGGAUUAUCACAUUUUGUUUGAUUGGUGAAUGUUUGGUUGUUCAGCAAUGCCUGUUGUUGUCCACCCUGUCACAAUGUUCCUCACGCUGUUGUCUGCAGAUCAAGGUUAGCAUCGGUCCCAUUCUCAGAGAGAGAGAAAGAGAGAGGAAGGAAGAAAGAUAGAAAGUGUGUUUAGUUUACUGGCCAUUUACUGGAUCCUCUGAAACUCAAAUGUCUUUGACAGAGUGUCAGCACAGUGUCUGUU